UCCGCUGUGAUGCAGUGAGCUCGUUGUGUUGACUGGUUACCAGCGGAAAGUGCGCGGCGGGGAAGGGGUCUGCCGCCGAGGGGUGGGCUUUCAGCGACUUCUUACAAUGCGUCUUUCACCGAGUUGAACGCUUCUCACAGAACCAUGAGCCAACUUCGCCGGUCGCCUCGGAACGGACUGAGCCACAUUUGAGCCCCGACGACGAGCGCUUGUUGGCGGAGGGAGCGAGCAUGAAGCAGCCGAGCGCUCCGCUCUCUGUUGUCGGCUUGACCGGGGAAUGGUAGCGCGCUGCAGGGACCGCCGCACCGGGAAGGAUCAUGGUCGAGAGGAGCAGCAAAUUCUUGUUGAUCGUCAUCGGAUCCGUGUGUUGUAUGCUGAUCCUCUAUCAGUACGUGGCCCCCGGGGUGAUCAGUUUCGGCUCCCCGCACGGUUACUUCACGGAGGACGACGAGGGGGACAUCUUCCCCACUCCGGACCCCCACUACGUUAAGAAAUACUACUUCCCCGUCAGGGACCUGGAGAGGACCAUCGAUUUCCAGAUCAAGGGGGAGGACGUGAUUGUGUUUCUGCACAUCCAGAAGACGGGGGGGACUACCUUCGGUCGGCACCUGGUCCAGAAUGUCCGCCUGGAGGUUCCCUGCGAGUGCAGACCGGGCCAGAAGAAGUGUACCUGCUACCGGCCGAACCGCAAGGAGACCUGGCUCUUCUCGCGGUUCUCCACCGGCUGGAGCUGCGGCUUGCACGCCGACUGGACCGAGCUCACCAACUGUGUGCCGGGGGUCCUCAACAAGAAGGAGAACAAGCAGAUGAACCAGAGGAAGUUUUACUACAUCACUCUGCUGAGGGACCCCGUGUCCCGCUACCUCAGCGAGUGGAGGCACGUGCAGCGGGGAGCCACGUGGAAAACCUCCCUGCACAUGUGUGACGGCCGAACCCCGACGCCCGAGGAGCUGCCUUCCUGCUACGAAGGCUCCGACUGGUCGGGGUGCACGCUGCAGCAGUUCAUGGACUGUCCGUACAACCUGGCCAACAACAGACAGGUUCGCAUGUUGGCCGACUUGAGCCUGGUCGGCUGCUACAACAUGUCCACAGUUCCAGAGAAGAAGAGGGCCCAGCUGCUGCUAGAGUCGGCCAAGAAGAACCUGCGAGACAUGGCCUUCUUCGGACUCACAGAGUACCAGAGGAAAACGCAGUUCCUCUUUGAACGAACCUUCAGGUUGCGCUUCAUCAGGCCUUUCAUGCAGUACAACAGCACCCGGGCUGCAGGGGUGGACUUGGACAACGCUACGGUGCAGCGCAUAGAGGAGUUGAACGAGCUGGACAUGGAGCUCUACGACUACGCCAAGGACCUGUUCCAGCAGCGCUACCAGUACACCCGGCAGCAGGAGCGGUGGCAGCAGCGCAUCAAGAACCACAUGCAACAGAGCCACCAGGGCCUUGGCCUGAGCGUCGGCCUGUGGCCCUCCCGCGGCCAAGCUAGCUCACAAUCAACACUGGAGGAGGGGGACAGGGAGAGGGGCGAGAGGGAGGAGCGGGAGGAUGGAGAGGAAGGGGGCAGAACGGAGGAGGCUGGCGCCAGGCUUCCCACUGAGGACUACAUGAACCAGAUCAUCAAACGCUGGUAGCAACAGAACGAGAACAAACGACAGACAUGCAUACAUAAUGUGAAAGUCAUGCUUACACACACAUAUACACUCACACUGAGAGAGAGAGAGAGAGAGAGAGAGGUGCAUCUGCGGAAAGCGCCGCCUCCUUCAAAGACCACAACCAAACGCAAGCUACCGCAGAUCUGGGCCGCAAGACUCUCAGUCUUGGGGAGGGAGGGGUUGCUAUAGCAACCGGAGGCUGGUAGCUUGCAUCAACUCUCAUUAUUGAGGUUCGCCCAGUUGUUAUCGGCGCCUGCUUGCCCUUUUGCCUCCCUGCCACAUCUCCUCAUUUCUUUGUCUCUGCCAUCAUCGUUACUUCCUGAGCGGAGGGAGAGCAGAACAUUUUUAGAAGUUGCUGACAACGUCCCAGCUUCUCGUCCCGCGUCUCUCGCCCCCUCUGCGGCCCGGCAACGGGGAGAGGAGCACGAGGAAAGGAAAAUCAGGUCUGUGAGAUUCAAGCAAUCCUUUGCGGAUGCUCCUGUAUCAAGAGAAACUGAAAAAGCUCCGAACAAAGGAUAAAAAGUACGACAGCGUUAGAAACCGUAUCAGGGAGCAGAAAAAAAAAAAAACUGCAGAAAGUUGUGUAAAGAAAGCUCUGCGCUUGCAUAAAGCACCCAUUUCAUCCAUGAAGCAUACAUGUGUCCUGCAACAGUCUUCUUAUUUUUAAGAUGCUUUUAUUUUUGUCUUGGUCCUUAAGCUUUGUUUAAAAGCAAAAUUGUAAUAACACUGAGACCAACUUUGCUGCCUAAAGAAAAUUCCUUUUCGCUUUUUUUUAUUUUUUAAUUGUUUUAUAUGUCAAAAAAAGGAUUGGAUUGAUGAAUAAUGGACCAUAGCCAUUACUGAAGCCUUUGCUUCUUUUAGGAAGGGUGUCGCCAGCGUGUCUGAUAAAGGUUCCCAAAGCUCCUGUCACUUUAACAAGUUCAUUAUUUUUGCCUUUUCUCUCUGUUUUUUUUUUUUUUUUUUUUUUUUCGCUUGGUGCAUCUGAGUCCUGCAAAGAAAGACAGCCAAUUACAGAACCGGAUCUCACAUAGGUGUGAAGAAACCAGUAGCAGCGGGGCGGGGUAGGGGGGGCAGCGAGUGAAUGUGCUGUGGGUUGUUGCCAGGAACUGUGCAGCGCAAGCGACAAGCGCUUUGGAAGCCUUAACUCGGACAAAAAUGCUUGAAAUGGGAGCUGGAGAACUACCGGUCACCAUGGCAAUGUGAGCUCUUAAUGUAGUGGGUGGCAUUUUAGCUUCUCUUCCUCUUCUUCUUCUUCUCCUGUCUUUUCUUUUUUUUUAUGUCUUGACUGCGUUGUAAAAGCAGCCAUCUCAUGCAAGCCUCUGUCCCACCUUCCUAAAGGGCAAACGUUGCCAUGGUGACCUGCAGCUCGUCAGCGCAAAGAACGGACGGGGUGAGGUAGCAGUGCCUCUAUGUACUUGGAUCAUAGUCAACAUAAUUAUUGCCAGAUAUUAAGUCUGCAUUGUACUACAGUAAUUUCUUUGACUACUUGUGAGUUUGUGAGAGUGUGUGUGUGUGAGGGUGUGUGUAAAUAUAGUGUGUACAGGAAGCCAGACUGGUGUUUGCCUUUGUAAAUAGUGAGAAUGACCGACAGAGGAUGUUUGUGAACGACUCGUUUCAUGACCAAUUACCUUGCCAUUUCUAUUUUUUUGUUGACAGAUCACUCAUACAAGUCCUUUUCUUGUCUCCUUUCCAUGUUUCGGUCGGAACCCACAACUGUAGCUUUACACUAUUUCUACUUGUACAGUAAAAUUACCAAUCUGCACUUUUAAUCCAGCUUUUGAACCUCAGCAUAUCCCCAUUACUGUCAGUCCUGCACCCCUCCAUGUGCAGACCUUACUGUGAAAAU